AUGGUUGCAUUAGCAACAAUCGGUAAAUUAGCCACAGAUAAUGUUCCAAAAAGCAAAAUCAAAGUUCCGGUACCGGUUUAUAUUUCCGGAAUAAUGAUUUGCAACUAUGUGCCAGCUUAUGCAGUGCUUGUCAACAUUGUAGAGGAAGUUCCAUAUGAGACAGAAGAUGGAAUGAAAUAUGGCAAAUUACGAAUUAGCAUUUAUAAACUUUCCGAUCGUGAUGGCCAUUUCGAAAUUACUGGUCGUAGAUAUAUUCCAUCGGAUCAGUUAUUUUUGAAUAUUACCCAUCAUUGUUUACCGAAUUCAAAACGGAAAAAGUAUCGGAAUUGCUUCACGAAUACUAUGUAUAAAAUUCGUAGUGAUCUACGAAAUAUGAGAUAUGAUGUUGGUGAAAUACAUUUGGAUCGUUUUACAGUACAAAGUGAAGUACAAUGUCGUAAUUGGCCAUAUGAAUAUCCACAAUUUGUGAAAGAUUAUAUUGCUAAAUAUCCAACAUAAAUUUAAAUAUAAAUCUAAAAUAAUAUUCAUUCAUAC